GCGGCAGGAGAGGCGCGCGGCUCAGAUCACUGGCCUCUCACUGGAGACACUGGCCUCUGUAGCCUUACGAACGCCAAACCUCCCCAGAGAAAAUACCUUGAGAGAUUUAAACCCACUGUGUGCCUACGACGAAGUUCCAUGAGUGAAAUGCGUGUGUGGGGCUUACAGAGAGAGAUUAGAGAAAGAGAGAGUGAUCAAGUGUUGUGGUGGAAGUAAGAGAAAGGGAAGAAAGUUAAAGAAAACGAGAGAGCGAGAGAGUGAGGGAGAAAGAGAUUCGAAGCCCGUUGCAAGUUCAAAGUUUGCAUGGAUCGAUCCACGUCUGUGUUACCCGUCAUCCACUUCCCGUCAAGCAUCCACGUGUGUGUGUGUGGAUGCGACUAGUGCGCGUGCGUGCGUGUGUGUGAUAUUUUAUCCAAUCCACCUACCUCGUGUGUGUGUGUGUGUGUGUGUGUGUGUGUGUGUGUGUGUAUGUGCGUGUAAAUGUACGUGUGUUUUUUUCGUACAUAGAAGAAAUCUCGUGUACGUUUUUUUUUAGACGCCAAGAAAAAGAAGAAGAAGAACUCCAAGGAGACAUAUCGAAAGACUGGCUCCCUCUCCUCAACCAGCCUACCAACACCACGCCCACUCAUCACCCCCACCCCCUGCCACUCCAACCCAGCAUCAGUUGUAUAAGAGGGUUGGGCAGGGCAGGAGGGAAGCAGUGAGGGUGGAGGCAGGAUGGUGUCAGGAGCUGUCUUGAAGAUCCUGUGCUUUCUCGCUGCUUCAGGUGGCUGGUUUGGCGGAAAUGGAAGAGGAUAUGUGAGUGGAGGAGGUGGAGGAGGAGGAGGAGGAGGAGGAGGAGGGAGAUGGGGGCGUGUGAGCGAAGCGCCCUUUGGAGGAAGAAGACUAGGGGAUGGAGGAGUCGUGGCGGGAGGAGCGCUGACCCCGUUUAGUGACCCUGACCUGGCGGCGCUGAGCAAUGACCUAGAGGUGUGGAUGGCUCAGCCCGAGGAAGGAGACUUGAGCCAAGCACCGCCACGCCUGCAGCAGAUUCUGAAUGCACUGAAAGACAACGGUACCUACACGCAAUUCUACGACCACCACCUCCCCGACCACAGCCCGCACCACAGCCCCAAAAGCAACCACAACAACAACAACAGCCCCAGUAAGGAGAGCAACCAUAGAAAACGACAGACGCAAGCGGAGGAUCACAUCAACACGGCGCAGGAGAUCGGGGCGGUGGACAGAAUCUUUCAAGGGGAGUCAAUCUGUGGCGCUUGCUCCCUCCUGGCGAAGCUGGUGGUGGGGUACCUAAGACUUGGAGCCCCUGUUGAUUUCAUGGCCAAUGUACUAGUCAAGAUAUGCUACGUGGUUGCUUAUAAAUCGCUUCCUGUCUGCAGAGGGAUUAUUUUCCAGGAUAAGGACAGGCUGGCGUGGAUAGCUAGGAACUCGGAAAUCAACGGAGAGGAAGUCUGUGCCAUGCUGCUGGGGGACAGGGGAUGUGGGAGUUUUGAGAGGAGGCAGUGGAAUGUACACCUCCCACCCCCACCUUCCCCUCCUCCCCGCAAGAGACCUCACAGGCGCCCCCACCACAGACGCAGCCUCCAACCCCAACCAGCUCUUGUGUCUUCGUCUUCUGUUCGUUUUGAUGAUCUUGGGAUGUAUGUGGAUGAAGCAGACAGAACCACAACAGAUAUCCACCUCUCCUCCACCUCCUCUCCCUCCAGCACCUACAGCACUUCCACCUCAACCUCCUCCACCAUCACCACCACCUUAGAUGCCCCUUCUGCUCGACGCAUCUCCUCCUCCUCCUCUUCCUCCUCUUCCAACUCCCACACAUCCUCUGGUGGGAAGAAGAAGAAGGAUGUGUUGAAGGUUCUCCACCUAACUGAUCCACAUUAUGAUCCGGAGUAUGUGGCAGGAUCAAAUGCUGUGUGUGAGGCGCCGCUGUGUUGCAACAGAGAUAGUGGUACCCCCAGCAAGGAGGGGCACCGAGCUGGGAGAUGGGGGGACUACCGCAACUGUGACUCCCCCAAGUGGCUGAUUCAUCACAUGUUCCAGCACAUUGUGACCAACCACCCUGACAUUGACUAUGUGGUGUGUACUGGUGACCUCGUCCCACACCACAUCUGGAAGGUGAGCCGAGAAGGGAACCUGGCUGUGGUGAGGGAGAUGGCUGACCUGGUGAAGGGGUUCUUUCCCAACAUCCCCAUCUAUGGCUCUGUUGGCAACCACGAGAGCUUCCCCAGGGACAGCUUCCCCCCGCCAGAGGUAGAGGAGGUCUGGACGAAAUUUGGCUCCCAGUGGCUUUAUGACGCCCUUUCUGACAACUGGAGUAGACUAAUGGGACAGCCUGCGCCACCCUCAGCCAGAUACGGGGGCUUCUAUUCUGUCCUGGCCCGCCCUGGGUUUAGGAUAAUCUCCAUCAAUACUAACUACUGCUAUAGAUUGAAUUGGUGGGUGCUGUACAAGGAUGUGGACCCCGGCUUGAUGCUGAGCUGGCUGGUGCGGGAGCUGUCCAGGGCAGAGCAGAGAGGAGAACUGGUGCAUAUAAUUGGACACAUUCCGCCUCUUUAUAUUGACUGCUAUGCUCAGUGGGGACAUCAGUUUGAUAGAGUGGUGUCUAGGUUCUCCCACAUCAUCCGCGGGCAGUUUUAUGGCCACUCCCACAAGGAUGAUAUAAGGAUCCACUAUGACAUGGCGGAUCACUCCAGGGCAGUUGGUGUGGAGUACAUCACGCCGAACAAUGGUCCUUUUAGCAAUGUCAACCCUUCCUACAGGAUAUUCUAUAUUGACGGAGAUCAUGAGGAGACUACUAGGGAUGUGCUGGAUUAUGAGACUUGGGUGAUGAACCUGACACACGCUAAUGCCUUUGAUGCGCCGCACUGGUACCGCCUGUACACUGCAAGGAGGGACCUGCAGCUGCCCUCCCUCCACCCGCGCCACUGGGACCGGCUUACCAGGAGAAUGGUUGACCAGCCUCAGCUCUUGCACAAGUUUAGAAGGUACCAGGUGCAGGACAGUGAUGUGGAGCUGGCCAAGGGGUGCGACUUAGUGUGCAGACAGAAGAUUCUCUGUAACAUUGUGGACGGGAAUAGAGUGAAGCCCUCGCGGUGCCAUCCUCCUCCCUAGAGAUCCCUCCUGCGUCCUCUCCGGUACCUCCCCUUGUAUUUAUGUUAUGAUUUCCCUUUUUUUUUUUUUCUGUGUUCUUCUGUGGAUGGAAGUGGAGUUGAGUUUUGCAGGUGUUUUUGUUAUGUUCCUGUGUUGUGGUAUGUUCAUUAUUUCCUUGCCUUUUUCUUGCUCUUCCUUUGUGUUGUCUUAGCUCUCAUUGUCUGCUAUCUUUGUCUUACUUCUUACUUUACCCUUUCUUUUCUUCCUUGCUCUUCUAUAACCUUACUUUACCUCUUUCUGUUUUGUCUUCUUUCUUAUCUUCCCCUUCCUUUUCAUUCCUUCUCCUCCUGUCACCCAUUCACAUCCUAUCCUUCACCUCCAUUCUCUUUCAUACCUCAAGUAUUUUCCUCUUAUCCUUUUUCAGUCCUAUCUCCCUCCUCCUCCCUCUCUCCCUCUCCCUCUCCCUCUCCCUCUCACUCCUCUCAUUCACUCCCACCCUUUUUAUCUAGAACAAUAUAAGUUGUUCUGUGAAAGAUAAGAGAGAGAGAGAGAGAGAGAGAGAGAGAGAGAGAGAGAGAGAGAGAGAGAGAGAGAGAAAUAUUUGUUGUAAUAGUAACAAUAGUGGUAGUGGUAGUAGUAGUAGUAGUAGUAGUAGUAUUUUUUAUGUAAAAAAAUGUUUUUAUAUAAUUAUUUUGUUUUUUGUGUGUAGAUGUGUGUGUGUGUGUGUGUGUGUGUGUGUGUGUGUGUGUGUGAGAAAAGU